UAGUGGGGAAAGAAGAGGGAUCACUAGGGGCAAUGUAUAGAUAACCUGCCUCUGGAACGGUCUACUCUGGGGAAAAAGAAAAGAGCUUUGAGUCCUGUAUAUCCAACUCAGGCUUCUUAGUCUAUUGAAAACUUCUUCCCAAUAUUACCCACUUCUUUGACCCUCUACCACUUAACGGGACAUGGGGAGACUAGGAUCCAUGUCCUCCUGAACUCCCCAGUCUCAUCUCUAGAGCAGAACCUUAACACAACCAUGAAGUUCAUUCUUCUUUUUGCUCUUCUUGUGGGUGCAUUUUCCUCUGGUCAUAAUUCAGAAAAAGAGAAAGAUCUUGCCCCUUCCCUGGUCUAUAGCAAAAAUUAUUUCCACUCCUGCAUAGCUGCUGUCUUGCACCAACAAUCUCUGCUAGCUGCUGCCCAAUGCUAUUUACCAAACCUCAAAGUGACAGUGAAAAAUUUCUCAAACAAAUUUAAGGAUAGAACAGAACACACUAUUGAUUCCAUCCAGAUCAUUUAUUACUGGAACUUAACUACAGAUUCCUCCAAGCAUUUCAACAAGCCAUCCUUGAUCUUGCCCUUUAAAAGCAUCAAUGUCAUCCCUCAGCUCAGCAAGUAUACUGACUCUGGCUUGGAUAGGAGCAUCCAGAAUGAUGGAAAGCAGUUUGACCUUAAGAAAAAUGUUAAGGCUUCUCUAAUCACAGAGAAACAGUGUCAGAAAACAGAACUUCGAAAAGUCAGCAGCAAAAACAAGAAAUAUGUGAAAUUCUUAAAAUCAUUCAAGAGACUUUGUGUGGAAACUUGGAAGUGGUAUUGGCUGCUAUCAUCUGCAGUGACAAGAUAGGGGGGAAAGGCUAGGCAUUUCCUGGGAGAUCUUAUCAGUCUCUAUAUUGAUAUUUUCCAGUAUAUCCUCUGUAUCCAGAAAAUUGUCUACAGGAUGAGUCGUUUCUAUUCCCUCUGAUUUACACUGUUGCUAGAAAAAAGUCAUGGGUUGUAUAUUAAAAGUAAUAUGA